CAUUGACGUAGCAGUAUAAAAAUAGUCUGCCGCCCUCGGCGAUCAUCAUGGGCCGCAUCAGCACGAGUCCGCGCCGGGCCAUGGACGAGCACCUCCUCGACAUCGCGGCCCUCGAGGUCCGCUUCCGCACAAACGUUGCUACCGGUCUCUUGUCCGGGUACCUCGCCGAGCUCCAGGCGAGCCUGUCGAACUCACCCAACUUACUGCCGACGGACGCCGAUGCUGGCCACGGCGCCAUCCACGAGCUCGUGGCCGUGGUCCGUGACGGGAACUGGAUUCACACGCGCGCCGAGAACCUUGUGCCCGGUGACGUCGUAGCCAUCAAGGCGGGGCAGUGCGUGCCAGCCGAUAUCCGUCUCGUCGAGGCCGAGGAUCUCUGGGUCUCGCACGACGCGCUCAACGGCGACGCGUCCCUCCUGCCGCGCGUGGCCAGCGUGGCCUCGGUCUUUGACUCGCCGGGUGUGAGUCUUCCGUACAUGCAAGCGCCCAACAUGCUCUUCUAUGGCACGAGCGUGACGCAGGGCAGCGGGAAGGGCAUCGUCGUUCGCAUCGGCGCCGAGACCGUCCUCGGUGUCAUCUCGCACACGGUUCUCUCGCAAGAAGGCCAACGCCCGCUGACGACGAAUACAAAGCUGCUCGACGACAUCAAGAGCCUCGGCGUCGCGUCUAAGCACGACCCGUCGCUGCCGUCUUCGCUCCCCAAUAUCUCGGCAGUCGUCGUCGCCCACAAGUGUGUGAUUGCGCGGACCGUCGUGACGGUCUCGUUCGGCACCAACCUGCCGGCGCUCGUGACGGCCACCGACGCCGGGCUCACGCUCUCGGAGAGCACAGCUGAUGACACAGAGGCCGCGGUGGCAUCAUACCUUCUCUCGACCUUCAAGGCCAACGCCGACGCCAGUGCCAUGGUCCGCGCGCUUGCCGCCUGUCGCCACUCACCCGAUGAGCUCUCGCGCGACCAAGCCGCGAUCAGUCGCUUCUGCGACCGGUUUCACGACCCAGCGACGUCGCGCUUCUCGGCGUCGACCGCCGGAUCGGUGAGCGGGUGCGCCGUCUACGUGCACUUUGAUCGCGAGUGCAGCGCUCACAUCGUGGUCCUCUUGGGGCCGGCGCGGGAAGUCCUCUCGCGCUGCGGCAAGGUGCGCAAGGCCAACGCCGAGCUCUUGCCGCUUGACACGACCGAUUUGCAGAACGUCACUGCGAUGGUCGAGGGCCUCGAGAGCAAGGGCGAGGUCGUCGUCGGUGUCGCUGAGCUCUACCUCGACCCCGCCACGUACCCCGUCGGGUGCACGUUUGACAUUGCCAAUAUGGACUUUCCGACGGAGAACAUGGUGUACCUCGGCGCGCUUGGCCUAGUCGACCACGCGCAGCCCGACCUGGUGACGCUGGCGUCGCACUGCCAAGCCGUCGACGUCAACUUGUACGUCGUCACGGAGCCGGCUCGGGACGUCUCGAGCCUCAGCGUUCGGUCCCGUCGCACGUCGUCAGACGAUCAUGACGUCAGUGGCGUGUCGUCGCCGCGUCACGUGGCGUCCUCGGGACGGUUUACCUCCGUCUCGCGGGUCAAGAUGACGAUCAAGGACGUGACGAGUGACAAGAGCUACUCGCUGUCCCCCAAAGUGGUGGAUGCGAGUGCGAUCUCGAUUGCCAACACGUUCACCGAGUGGAAACUGCUCUUGCUCGAGCACCCGUGUGUCGUCAUCGAGGGCGGGUCGCCCAGCCAGAUCGAUCUGCUGGUCGAGACGCUCCAGGACCUCGGCGAGGUCGUCGCGCUCGUCGCUGGCGGCAACGCCAACGCGCUCUCGCUCUUGAACGCGGACGUGGGCUUUGCGAUUCCGACCGACACCACCUUUGUCGACUUGAGCGAAGAAGCUGCCGACUUUGUCCUUGGCUACUCGGACGCGCCAUGCUGUGACGCGGUGCGCGUCGUGCAAGCCGCCAAGCAACAGCCUGCAGCCGCGCCCGUCGUAGCCGACGCGAGUCUUGCCGAAGAGACCGACGACGGGGCGCGUGACGAGGCCAAGACGGCCGUGACCAACUUGCUCCGGGAUGCCAUUGUUGUUGGAAAGCUCCUCCAGCUCUCGGACGACGACCUCCACGACGCCUUUGCCGCCGCCAUGGGUGGCCCGCCGCCCGCGCCGUUUGGCGUCAACUCGAUUAUGAUGUCGAUGCUCACGUCCAUGGCAGCUCUCAAGCCGUAAUGAUUACAUUUGUCUUGCUUUUGAUGACGCG